CUCCGGCCAUGGCCUCGGGGACGCCCGGGGAGCGGCUGCGCGAGGAGGCGCGGUGCCCCGUGUGCCUGGACCUGCUACAGGACCCGGUCAGCGUGGCCUGUGGCCACAGCUUCUGCCUCGGAUGCAUCUCUGAAUUCUGCGAGAGGUCCGACCGCGCGCAGGGCGGCCUCUACGCCUGCCCGCAGUGCCGGGGCCCCUUCGGGCCCGAGAGCUUCCGGCCCAACCGGCAGCUGGCCAGCCUGGUGGACAGCGUGCGGCAGCUGGGCCUGGGCACGGGGCCCGCGGGCGCGUGCCUGUGCGUGGAGCACGCCGAGGAGCUGACCCUCUUCUGCGAGGUUGACCAGCAGGCGCUGUGCUGGGUCUGCGACACCACCGCUGACCACCGGAGCCACCACACGACGCCGCUGCAGGAGGCCGCGCGCUGCUACCAGGUAAAACUCCAGAGGGCCCUGGAAAUGAUAAGAAAGAAGAUGGAGGAGUCCUUGACUCAGGAGAUCAAUGUGGGAAAGAAAACUAUCAUUUGGAAGGAGAAGGUGGAGAUGCAGAGGCAGCGCUUCAGGCUGGAGUUUGAGAAGUACCGAGGCUUCCUGGCCCACGAGGAGCAGCUGCAGCUGCGGAGGCUGGAGGAGGAGGAGAGAGCCACCCUGCAGAGGCUGCGAGACAGCAAGAACCGGCUGGGGCAGCAGAACAGGGCCCUGAAGGAGCUGGCCGAGGAGCUGGAGGAGAGGUUCCAACGCCCGGCUCUGGGGCUGCUGGAGGGUGUGAGAGAAGUCUUGAGCAGAAGUAAGGAUGUCACACAGCUGGAACUGGAGACCAUCCCCAUGGAGCUGAAGACAAUGUGUCGCAUCCCUGGGAUGAGAGAAAUGUUGAGAAGGUUCCAAGUUGACGUCAAGCUGGACCCUGUCACAGCGCACCCUAGCCUCCUCUUGACUGCUGACCUGCGCAGCGUGCAGGACGGAGAGCUGUGGAGGGAUCUCCCCAACAACCCUGAGCGAUUUGACACAUGGCCCUGUGUCCUGGGUUUGCAGAACUUCUCCUCGGGGAGACAUUACUGGGAGGUUGUCGUAGGAGAAAGAGCAGAGUGGGGUGUAGGUGUCUGUCAAGAAACCAUACUGAGAAAGGGGGAGACCACACCGUCACCUGAGAACGGAGUCUGGGCCAUGUGGCUGCUGAAAGGGAACGAGUACAUGGUCCUUGCCUCCCCAUCAGUGCCUCUCCUCCACCUGGAACGGCCUCACUGCAUUGGGGUUUUUUUGGACUACGAAGCAGGUGAAAUCUCCUUUUACAAUGUAACAAAUGGGUCUUACAUCUACACAUUCAACCACCUGUUCUCUGGUAUUCUCAGACCCUACUUUUUCAUUUGUGACACGAUCCCUCUUAUCUUGCCACCUAUGACAGAUGUGGAGUCAGAAAAUUGGGCAUCCAGUGGUCAUUUUUACUCUGUUUCUAAUGUUGAACAUGAUCAUUCCUAA